CGGUGUCAUGCUGGCGUCAGGGCUUAUCCGUCGGGGUUCAGAUGUACCCACCAGGGUAUGUCAGUGUGCGUGUACAUUUGUCAUGUCUCGUGUCCUCCCAGAUACACCUCGGGCCCAGCUUCCUGCAGUCCUUCCUGAGCGGCGUCCGCUCCCGGCGAGCUAGGAUCGUCUGCAGCUUCUUGCGGCCUUUCCCUCCACACAGGUGGCAGGUGUCCCCGUGGGGGCUCAGCGCUUACUAUUCCAUAUCUGACCACGUCCUGGUCUUCCCAGCCGGCCUCCUGCAACCCCCUUUCUUCCACCCUGGCUACCCCAGGGCCGUGAACUUUGGCGCUGCCGGCAGCAUCAUGGCCCGCGAGCUGCUGCACAUCUUCUCCCAGCUCUUACUCCCUGGGGGCUGCCCGGCCUGUGACACCCAUGCCCUACAGGGGGCGCUGCUGUGCCUGGAGCACCACUACGCUGCCUUGCCAUUACCUAGUGGAGCCCCCUUCAAUGGCUCCCACACCUUCCUGGAAGAUGCUGCAGACAUGGGGGCGCUGGCCAUUGCACUGCAGGCAUACAACGAGAGGCUGUUCUGGCGUCGUGGGGAGGCCACCCUGCCCGACCUGGACCUCAGCCCCCAGCAGCUCUUCUUCCUAAGCUAUGCCCAGGUAGGCAGCUGCCAUCGCCCACCACGCUUCCUCCGUGUCACAGUGAACACCGUACUGCGACGCUGAAACACCUCCCCCCACACAGCCCCCGCCAUCCGCUGGAGAUGUUCCCACCGUCAUCCUUUCAUACGUGCCCCUUUGGGACCAUCCCUUCCGACUGCUACCAAUUCUUCCAGCAAAUUCAGUACCUUUGAGAGAGAGAGAGAGAGAGAGAGA